AAAAAGCAUUUUGUUGUGUUUGUUCUAGGUGAUAUGGGACACAGUCCUCGUAUGCAAUACCAUUCACUAUCUCUUGCUAGGAUGAACCCAGAAAAUCAUCAUGUGGAUUUUGUUGGAUUAUACGAUUCCGAUCCUCACGAUCAAGUCAUGAAACAAAAGAAUAUUAAAAUUAAUCCAUUGGCAUCAAAGUGGUGGAAUUGGGUUAAUUAUUUGAUGAGGUUGCACUUUACCAUGUUUUUACUUUUUGCACCAGUGAAGGUUUUAUUGCAAUUUUUAAUCAUGACUAUUCAAUUAUGUUAUAUUAUUAAUAGGAAUCCAUUUGGAAAUUCUUCAUGUAAGAAGGUUUUGUUGACUCAAAAUCCUCCUGCUAUCCCAAAUUUAUUCUUAUUUUGGAUAUUACAAAAGUUACAUCUUAUUAAAUUGGAUGAAUACAUUAUUGAUUGGCACAAUUAUGGAUUUUCAAUUUUGGCACUCACAAGAAAGAACAAACAUUUGAUUAAUUUUGCUACAUUUUUAGAAUUUAAUUUUGUUAAGAAUUGUGCCACCCAUCACUUGUGUGUUUCUGAGCAUUUGAAAAAGGAUUUGUGUCAAAGAUUGGGUAUUAGUGAAUCCAAAGUUACUGUAAUGUAUGACAGACCACCAGAAAUGUUUGGUUCCAAUCUUUCUGACUCUGAGAGAAAUACACUUUUCAAGGAUGUUCUUUCUAUUGAUACUUCAAGAAAUUUCAAGCUUGUUGUCAGUUCUACCAGUUGGACUGAAGAUGAGGAUUUUAGCAUUCUCCUUUCCUCAAUUAUGGAACUUGAAAAGAAAUUGGAAAGUAUUUCACCUUCUAUUUAUUUGGAAUUUAUCAUUACUGGUAAAGGGCCUCAAAAGGAGUAUUAUCUCAAAAAGAUUGCCUCCCUCAAUCUCAAAUAUUGUAGAGUUCAAACUUACUUCCUGUCCUAUGCUGAUUAUUCCAAACUGUUGGCAUCUAGCGAUGUUGGUGUUUGUCUCCACUAUUCUAGCUCUGGAUUGGAUCUUCCAAUGAAGGUCGUCGACAUGUUUGGCAGUGGUCUUCCAGUAUGUGCUAUUAAAUAUCUGACAUUACCAGAGUUGGUCAAACAUGACGAGAAUGGCUACAUCUUUGACAGUAGUACUAACCUUACCAAGUACUUGGAAGAAUUACUCAUCUCACCAGAGGGCUCCUCCAAAUUGAAAUCCAUGAGAAACCAUCUCAAACAAAACUUCCAAUCCCACCGAUGGAAUGAUGAAUGGAAUUCUAAGGUUGCUCCACUC